AUGACUUGCGGUAUUUCGCUCGUUUGGUCCUUUUCUCUUUUACCACCCCCACAUACCUCUCGCACCCCUCCCUCUCUCCACUUGCCAUGGUCCCGCGGACCGGCGGGGACCCAUGCUUCAAAGAGAUGGGUAUGUGAAUGCAAAUGGUAUCGAUGGAUGGACGUAUGCAGGUACUCCACACGUGAGUACUUACAAAGACACAAACGCACGAACCAAAGGAUUGACGCGCUGCUUGUGUAA